AUGCCUUCACGUCGUGAACAGGAGCUUCCCGUCGAAAGCUCGUGGCGGCUGGUUGAAGGCGGAGAAAACGACAGCUUUGAUACUUCUAUUCUUCCCGACUUUGACGAAGAAGAUGGGAUUCUUUCUACGGAUCCGUCGCAACUCCCAUCGCAGUCAUUCAGCAUCGGUGGCUCUCAAGAAUCCCACCACAGCGUUCAGGAUUUCAUGAACAAAGCCGACGACGAGCGCGUCAUACUCCGUUCCCCAUUUCAGCCCACAGUACGACAUGAUCUCAACCGUACGCCAGAUCCAGAGUUUUAUAUGCCAUCUGUUCAUAUGAGCUCUGCCCCCGGAAGUAGUCCCCGACAAAAUAGUGUCAAGUCUUCACGAACUAUUCGUGCCAACGAAGAUGUGUACCAACAACAGGAUGUGCGUCGUCGUGCUAUACGGCAGGCAAGCACCGGCAGCCCAAUAAAAACACGACGUGGAGACUCCAGAAGAGGACAAGGUCAUUAUGAAGGCUCAGUAACGCAACCCAAAGCUAUUUCUGAGAGAGUAUCGGAAUCUCUUCCGAAUGCUCUAUUCAAUAUCCUAGCUUGGGUACUCAACGUUAUUGGCAUGGCCCUCGCCUACCUCCAAAAGCCUCUGGCGCUUUGCUUAGCCGUCUGGCUGUUCUUUGGCGCGUCCAUCAUGCUCCAAAACAUGGUUACCAAAUCGAUAUCGACUUCACUUUCUCCGCUCUGCCGUAUUCCUGGGGUUGCAUACUUAGACAUCCCGUUUUGCCCGUCUCCCAACCCUCCAACUAGUGGCGCAAAGGAUACGGGGUCUUCAAACGUCGAAUUCGACGACCUCAUGAACGUACAGUCGCAGUUUGAGCAGGUCCUCGAACGCAGCGCGGACGGUGUUUCUCUGCCCAUGGAGAUGAAGCGCUCCGAGUCAUCGAUCCGCGAUCUGCGCACCAUGGUUCGCUACUCUGAACUACCACAACGGGACGAGCUCGUAUAUGAGUUUAACGAGUACAUCGACACGGCGCGUUUAACAGCUGCAGACUUGCAAAAAUUCAACGUUCAUGUAGGCUCAGCUGUCGAUUCUGUGAUAUCUAUCAACCGCUGGACAUCCCGCUACCUGGAUACGCUUUCUACCGCCGACAACACCGACGUCUCUCUCGUUUCUCAGUGGACAAACUGGCUUUUCUAUCCCUUUACUCCCACUGUUACGCCGUUCUCGGAGCGUACUCUCUUGGACAAGUACAUCGAACAUACUGCUCUUGUCUCGGACCGCAUUGCUGGACUCAUAGUCGAAGCGCAGGGCGUUCUCCUCCUACUCUCAAAAGCCGAGGAAAACCUUAACCAAAUCUACGAGCUCGUCACUCGCUCAUCUAACUCUAUCAAGUCUCGCCGUGACGAGGUCUUAUGGACCAUCUGGACGCUUGUCGGUGCCAACAACAAGCGCCUCCAUAAUCUUAACUCUCAGCUGUCCCUGCUGCGCCAAGUUGACCGUCAGCGGAUCACAGCCGUAACGCAAAUCUCGGCUCUCAUCGUUGAUCUUGAGAAGAUUCAGGCUGGGUUAGGCGACCUCCGCGACCGAGUCGCAGCGCCGGAACUCGUCCGCGACUCUCCUACCGCCAUCCCGCUAACGGUUCAUAUCGAGACAAUCGACCGCGGGGUAGAGAGACUUGAAGAGGCCAGGCAACGAAUUCGUGCCGCUGAGAAUGAUCGGAUCCGCGAGGCAUUGACGAGAGGCGGCACUAGAGAAGACGAUAAACUUAUUGAAGGAAAACUAUAA